GCUAACGUCCUCCCGGUCUUUCUGCAGACCGCGACUGCGCAGGCGCAAGGCUUUCCCAGCACAGGCCGCUACCACCGCACGGCGGAGAGGAGGGGGUCUCCACGGGCGCCUGUUUCCUCCCGUUCCUGCGCUUCUCUUCAGAAAAAUAAAAUAGAGCCACAAAGACGAGGGAAAGGUCGAAAACCUCUUCCAGAAAUGUCUUGAUUUCUUCAGUGCCUUCUGGUGUGUGGCCUUUUUCAGCUGGUGCAGCCAAACCCUUGAGUUCAUCUUUUAGGGGCAUGCUAAUCCAGAGGCUGAGGUGGGUCCGGCAUCCCCCGCUCGCUUCCUCUAUCUUGAUGCUGCUUCUCGGCCUCUUCUGGGUGACGGGGGUAGAAGAAAGCUUCAUUUUAUCGCCCGGCUUGCUAACCAGCCCUUUUCAAGCCUUCCGCCUGGUGACUUACUGCCUGUGCCACGCCAACGCCCCCCUCCUUGCCACCAGCUUGCUCUUCUUCCCGCUGCUGGGCUGGCACCGAGAGCUGCAGCAAGGCACCCUUGGCUACCUCCAGGCCGCCGGGCUGGGCGCUGCCCUCUCAGCCCUGCUGUACCUCCUCCUUGCUGGACUCUGGGGAGCUGAACCGCACGCCGCCGUCAGUGGCUACAUCCCUGUCCACCUGGCUCUGCUGGGGUGCCACGGAAGGCGCUCGGGGUGGUUCUCCGUGGCUCUGUUGGCUGGAUUGCUCUUCGGGCUUGGGGAGAUCCUGUCCCCCCGUUCUCCCUUCCUCCUGCACCUCUCUGGGCUGCUCACAGGUCUAGCCUACUGUGCUGGGACAUCGUUCUCCUUGGGACUAUCCAAGAGAUGCCUGGAAAGACUGUGGGACGGGAUCCCACGCUGGAGCCACAUCAGAUGCUUUCUUCCUCACUUCGUCAGGCCCUUGGCAUCCAGCACCCUCCCGACCACAGCCAGAAAGGAAAGGAUUCCUGCUCAGGAGAUGUUCCCACCCAACUUGGCAGGGAUGGUCGCUAUCCAGGUACCCCCUUCCCCAUCUUGGACAGAUGGAAGCGCAGCCCAGGAAUCCCAGCUGUUGUUUCCUUCUACCUCUCUGCAACCCUUCUCAGCCCUCCCCGGGGCUUCGGACAUGCCUUUCUUCGCCUUCCCAACGGAGGAAGAGCUAAUACAAGCGGGAAUCCAGGCCUCUCUGCAAGAUAUAGGUGAAGAAGAAGUGAAGCUGCCCAAAUCUUCUGUCUCUUCCCUCCGGCUCCAGCAACUGCAGAGGAUGGGCUUCCCAACAGAAGAGUCUGUGAUAGCUCUGGCAGCUACUGGCCACGUGGAAGGCGCCGUCUCUCUGCUGAUUGGAGGCCACGUCGGCGGCAGAGCCGUGGUGACGGCAGAGAACCGCUCAGUGCCUCACACACAGCCUCAGUCGAGCCCCGAUCAAUGAGGAGAUCAGAGGUGGCCAACUGCUGGCAUUUCAGCAUCGGGCAUACCAGGAAGAAACGGAGGGGUGAAGAAUGCCACAAGAUAGAGGGGUGCGUUGCAAAAUUGAACCUGGUGCUGCAAGAGCACAGAAGGAUCGUUGUAGGGUACCAUGUAACCCAAAAAGCAGGUUGACUGCAUAUUCUCCAGGGGAAAUGCAGGUUCCUCUUCCAGUCCCGCCUGCAUUACUGGGAUCCAGCAGGGACGUGAGGGGUGGAAGGCGGGCGAUAGUGGAUGUACUUCCAACCAGAGUUGUGAUUCGUCGGGUUGCAAUUCCUUUUUCCACUCUGUGCAUGAAUAGGUGGAGCAAAAGCAAAACCCCCAAAGUUGCAUGCAACAGAAACAGAACUGCAGAAACCAAACUGUUUUCACCAAGCAUAUCCCCCACAGACAGCCCUUCAAGAGGAUGGCGACUUGUGCCACAAUUAAGGGAAUCACUGGCCUCCCACAGAUCGACCCUCCCCGAACCUGGCCUGCUUCAGAUGACUUGGAUUACAAACUGCCGAACUCCUGAAAACAGGGCUUGCCGGAAUAGAACCUCUGCCGUUUUUCGACUGUAUCCCCCACUUGGUAUGUUUGUUUUGGGGUUCAAGUCUGUCUUCUCCCCACCUGGUCCCCUUGCUCCCUUCAAAAGUUGGGCCGGGUGGAGGGGGGCAGAACCGGCUGUCUUCAGCGGAAAGGCUUUGGCAAACGGAAGCCGUUUCUGAAAAAGCCAGGGGGGCACUAUUUAUUGACAGAAUCUUUUGCACUUUAAAACCUGACCUCCAAGAGUGCCUGGGCCUGUUCUGUAAGAGUGCGCAAAAUAUGAUUACCGUAAUAAGUAUUGGUGUAGGGGGAAAAAUCAGGCUAUUCCUUAUGAUGC